AUGGGUAGUCAAUCGUUCGGCCAAGCGUUGCCAGACCAAGUCGAGUGUAUAUCGUCGCUCUUCGAUGGACAUCUUCAUCUCCUCCUCGAGGUCCGAGAGAUUUAUCGAGACAGAGUUGCAGCAGAACGUGAAUAUGCUGCAAAGCUACAAGCUUUGACUAAACGGGCAACUGAGAAGAGAGCUAAGCUUGUCGCUGCAUUUGUUGUAGGAGAUGAGCCUACGAAACCGGCGACGGAGGCCACGCUCGCUCAGAAUACCUUUAAUGCCGCCUUCAAUGAAAUUAUUUCUUCGAUGUCUGGGGUUGCCCAGGAUCAUGUAAAUCUUGCUGACGCACUUACUACCCAAGUCGUCGAUGUCCUCAAGGCUGUUGAACGCAAGAACGAGGAAUUGAAGAAGAAGGAAACGAAUUUCUUUCAGCGGUUAUUAACGGAGAGAGAUCGUCUGUAUGCAGACCGCCUCAAGGCGAAGCAAAAGUACGACGAUGAGUGCACUGAGGUCGAGUCCAUACACCAGAAGCAGGUCCGCGCCAACGACGACCGGCACGCAGACCGAGCAGCCCGACAAGUGGAACAACAGCGUGCAGACAUGUUGAACAGUAAAAAUGUGUAUCUAAUCUCGACGGCCAUCGCCAACCGCGUCAAAACCAAAUUCUACAAUGACGACCUACCCGCAUUAGAAGAUCAAUUCCAAAUUCUCCUAGGACGACUUACCAAGCGAUUUUGCCAGAUUCUGGGUCACGCGCAAGCCAUCGAGAUAGGUCAUUUAGAAGUGGUGAAGGGGCGCCUCGCCAACGUCGAGAAAGCGCUUGGCGAGGUCGAUCCCGCGAAGGAUCAAGACAUAUUUAUCGAACAUAAUCUACGCCCCUUCGCGAUUCCGGCUGAUUGGAUGUUCGAGCCAUGUGCGGUCCACUACGAUACAGACGCAAUCAGCGUCGAACCAGCGCCAAAGGUCUUCCUACAGAACAAAUUGAACCGAGCGCGAAUGAAACUGAAGGAACUUACCCCAGUAUUGGAAGCCAAGCGACGCGAUCAAGACCAGUUACUUGCGCUGUUCACGGCAUACGAUGUAGACCAUUCUCUAGGCAAUAGUGAUGAUAUCUCUGAGAAUUAUCUUGAUACCAAUCAUCAAGUUAUGGCCUACACGACAUCAGACCUUGUCCUCAAUACGGAAAUUACUGUAAUAUCGGAGGCGAUUGGGGGUGAUGAGGGUGAUCAACACCCGCAUUCAUUCAAGAGCUCAUCGUUCUCCAUUCCAACUCAGUGUGGAUACUGCAAGUCGUCGAUAUGGGGUCUUGCCAAGCAGGGGAAGACGUGUCGCACAUGUGGGCUGUCUGUCCAUACGAAAUGUGAACUCAAGGUUCCUGCCGAUUGUCAACAUCCUUCUAUGCAUAGUCACAAAUCAACUGGUUCAACGGUUUCUAAGAUUGCACCACAGACGGCCUCUGUAGCCCCUACGCCGUCCGCAUUCGCACAGUCCGUCGCGCAAGAUUCGGAGGCCUACGAGGAGACCUACCAAUCUGGUCGCGUCCUCUUUGACUUUGCGCCAACGUCAGAAUUUGAAUUGGCAGUCAGCGAGGGUGCAACAGUGCAUGUUAUCGAACCAGAUGAUGGCUCGGGGUGGGUCAAGGUGUCCGAUGGGCGGAAUACAGGACUUGUCCCUGCUUCCUACAUUGACUACUCUGAGACCGUGGUGGGGCCAACUGCAUCGGGAGAAGGUUCUGGCGAGUAUGUGCGGGCGAUCUAUACGUAUGCCGCACAAGGGAGUGACGAGAUUGGUUUAUCUGAAGGGGAGCUUUUGGAGUUGACAACCGGCCCGGAGGGCGGGAAGAAUUACGGGGAUGGAUGGUGGGAAGGCGUCAAUUCGGCGGGGAAUAAAGGUAUCUUUCCAAGUAACUAUGUCCAGAUGGCUUGA